AAUCUCGGGGCAAUUUGACAAAAUCCGAAAAAGGGGGCAGAAGCAACCGCGUUUUAUCGUAUCCGUGGAUUGAAAGGUUCGAUGAUUGUUAACAAACACUUGCAUAUUCCACUUAUGGAUUCCCUAAUUUUAUAAUCCGAUGUUUUUACAUAUCUAUCUUCGUCCCUUUGAACUAAUCAAAACCCCCACAAAUUUAAAAUUAUAAAAAUGGGAAGACGAAUUCAGCACCUCUGCCCCACUUCGCCAUCUCCUGCAUAGUUAUCUGGUUAGUACUCAUUAUCAAGAUCUCUCAACCCUUUUCAUUUUUCUAAUAAUUUUGGAUCCUUUGACCAACUCCAUUGAUGAUUUCAACGUUUGUUUGUUUCUAGCGAUAGACUUUUGAUUACUCUUUCAUCUAUUUCGGGGUCGUUUCAAUCGAUGUAUAUAAAAUGCUUGUAGUUUUUUUUGAGUUUUUGGUGUGAUUAAUCGGUAGUCGAUGUUCGAAUUUAGUUUAGAUUAGUUGAAUUAAAUCUGAUUGCUGUUCGUAUUGAUUGUGGAUUGGAUUGGAUCAUUUGAGUCUGCUUUUGAUUUUUGGUGGUUUGACUGUUUUCAGUUCAUGUUUGAGUUAAGAUUAUGAUCUUAUUUUGACAAAUUUGGAGUCAAUUGAAGUGGGUUUGACUAUUUUUUUGGGUUUUUUUUUUGAUAUUGAAGUUGGAUCUUUACUUUUCAUUGAGCAAACUGGUGAAAACUGGAUCUUUAUGUUAAAAGUGGAAAAGGGUUUCUUGAGAAAAGAUUGAGGUGAAAUGGGGAAUACUUGUGUUGGACCGAACAUUUCGAAGAGUGGAUUUAUUCAGUCGGUUUCGGCUGCAAUGUGGCGAACCCCAUCUCCUGAAGAUGCCCCACCUACUCCUAAUGGAGAACAAUCUUCGACUCGUGGUGUACAACCCGAAUCACCGUUGCCCGUUCAAAACAAACCACCGGAACCGAUUACAAUCCCCAAAACGGAAAAGAAGCAAGAAGAACAGCCGGUGAAACCCAAAAAGGGCCCCCAAAUGAAGAGAGUUUCCAGUGCUGGCCUUCGCACUGAUUCGGUUUUACAAAGAAAAACCGGGAGUUUGAAGGAGUUUUUCACUUUGGGGAAGAAAUUAGGACAAGGGCAGUUUGGCAUUACGUUUCUUUGUAUAGAGAAAGCUACGGGUGAACAUUAUGCUUGCAAAUCGAUUGCAAAGAGGAAGUUGUUGUCCGAGGAGGAUGUGGAGGAUGUCCGUAGGGAGAUUCAGAUAAUGCACCAUUUGGCUGGUCAUCCGAAUGUUAUAGCAAUCAAAGGGGCUUAUGAGGAUGCUGUAGCGGUUCAUGUUGUUAUGGAAUUGUGUGCUGGGGGCGAGCUUUUUGAUCGGAUCAUUCAACGUGGGCAUUACUCAGAAAGAAAGGCAUCCGAACUUACAAGAACUAUUGUAGGGGUUGUCGAGACUUGUCACUCUUUGGGGGUUAUGCAUCGCGAUUUAAAGCCCGAGAAUUUCUUGCUUGUGGAUAAGAAAGAAGAUUCACUUCUCAAAACUAUUGAUUUUGGAUUGUCGGUUUUCUUUAAGCCAGGUGAAUCAUUUAACGAUGUGGUUGGCAGCCCAUAUUAUGUUGCACCAGAAGUCCUGAGAAAGCGAUAUGGUCCUGAAGCUGAUGUUUGGAGUGCCGGGGUGAUCGUUUACAUCCUAUUAAGUGGAGUGCCACCAUUCUGGGCUGAAACGGAGCAAGGAAUAUUCGAACAAGUCUUGGAUGGUGAUCUAGAUUUUACGUCUGAUCCAUGGCCAAGUAUUUCCGAAGGAGCAAAAGAUCUUGUGAGGAGAAUGCUUGUUCGGGAUCCAAAAGAACGAUUGACUGCACAUGAAGUUUUAUGCCAUCCUUGGGUUCAAGUCGAUGGUGUGGCUCCAGACAAGCCUCUCGACUCUGCUGUUCUAAGUCGAAUGAAACAAUUUUCAGCCAUGAACAAGCUUAAGAAGAUGGCUCUUAGAGUUAUAGCAGAGAGUAUGUCUGAAGAAGAAAUAGCUGGGCUAAAACAAAUGUUUCAGAUGAUCGAUACCGACAACAGUGGUCAAAUUACUUUUGAUGAACUAAAGGUGGGAUUGAAAAGAGUUGGUGCUAACCUUAAGGAGUCAGAAAUCUAUGAUCUGAUGCAAGCAGCAGACGUAGAUAAUAGUGGAACAAUUGAUUAUGGGGAAUUUGUCGCUGCAACGUUACAUCUGAAUAAAAUCGAGAGAGAAGAUCAUCUUUUUGCGGCUUUUUCGUACUUUGAUAAAGACGGAAGUGGUUAUAUUACUGCCGAUGAGCUUCAGCACGCGUGUGACGAGUUUGGCAUAGAUGCUCGCCUCGAGGAGUUGAUUCAAGACGUUGAUCAAGACAAUGAUGGGCGUAUAGACUACAACGAGUUUGUGGCCAUGAUGCAAGGAAAUAGCGGUGUCGCGCCAAAAAAGAGCCUAGAUAAUAGUUUCAGUAUCAAGUUUAGAGAAGCAUUUAAACUUUGAAGUUGUUCUUCGUGUUUCUUUUUCGGUAUCGAUGGAAACAUAGAACCGUACUUUCGUUGAAUUUGUUUUUCAGUUUUGAGUUUGAACUUUGUUCUGCAAAAUUGUAUUCAUAUGUGAAUGUUGAGUGUUGAAGAGAGUAAUGCUGGUAAGUUAUUUGUGGAUAUUACCUCAUGCCUUCUUUGUGGAUAUUACCUCAUUUAAUACUUAAA